GCCAAGACAAUGGCUUUCUUUGUGAAAAAUAUGAUAAGUAACCAGGUAAAGAAUUUAGGAUUUGGAGGUGGGUCUGAAGAAAAGAAAGAAGAAGGAGGCACCUCCGACCCCGCGGCGGCUCAAGGGAUGACUAGAGAGGAAUACGAGGAAUACCAGAAGCAGAUGAUUGAAGAGAAGAUGGAGAGAGAUGCUGCAUUUACUCAGAAAAAGGCAGAGAGGGCAUGCCUACGAGUCCACCUCAGGGACAAAUACAGGCUUCCGAAGAGUGAAAUGGACGAGACACAAAUCCAACUGGCUGGGGAUGACGUGGAUUUGCCGGAAGAUCUCCGAAAGAUGGUAGAUGAAGACCAAGACGAGGAAGAGGAGAAGGAUUCUAUCCUCGGGCAGUUGCAGAACCUCCAGAACAUGGACUUGGAUACCAUUAAAGAAAAGGCGCAAGCCACCUUCACAGAAAUCAAGCAGUCCGCAGAGCAGAAGUGUUCUGUGAUGUGAGGGAGAGGUGGCAGGCCAGGUGGAGAGAGAGAGAGAGACAGACAGAGACAGGCUGUCUUCAGGAAGACAGAGCUCCUGGGGGUGGGGAUGACCAGCGCGCAUUAUAACUUAGCAAAUCUAUUUAGGGAAGCCACAAUGAUGACGCUGUCUACCAGCAUGUAGACAACAAUUCGGUCUAUCUCAAUGUCCCAGGCACGGCACUAACCAGCCCUCACAGCUCGGAACGUGUUUCUCUUUCUUAUAGCCACAAGUAACUUAAGAAAUAUCAGCCAUAAGUUAUGGUGUGGAGCCAUCUGGUUAAAGAUCUUUAAGCCAGCCAGGAGGAGCCAAACGAAAGCACGUAGCAUUUACUCUCCAACUUCCUUCCUUAGCGAGCAGGGUCUCACGAUGGCCAACCCUCAGUGUGAUACCAGUUACCUCCAGAGGAAAGGCUGCUGGCCUGGUACCAAGACUACAGGUGAUGGAGCAGUCAGCUAUCAUAAGCACCCUUGGGUAUCCAUGGUCUUUUUCUUAAAUGUCGGCUCUCAGACACUGUGCAAGUCAUUUUGUGUGUCUGCGCCAAAUAUCUAGCAUACACAUCAUAAAUGGAAGAAAAACUUAUUCGGGGGUCAUGGUUCAGCAGGUCUGGUCCAUGGUUGCUUGGUUGUAUGAGAUUGGGCAGGACAUGAUAGAGGAUAGCAGCAAGGGUAGAGGAUGGAGUGGCAUCAGGAACCAGAAAUGCACAGCACAGCGGUCUACUUUCUUAAGCUAGGUCCUACCUCCUAAGGCUUCCAGAGCUGCAAAAAAAUAAAUAAAUAAAAAUAAAAAAUAUAUAAAAAAAUAAAAAAAAUCACUAAAUGGACAUUUCAU